GCCCAGAAGCUUCUAAACCCAAACCAAGUCGCCGCCGCCUCCCCCAGGCCCCAUCCUUCGGGCUCGACACGACGGCCAUGGCGGCGACCACCCACGCGGCGCCGCCGAGGCACAGCUGCGCGAAGCUCUCGGUGGCGGUGGAGGACCCCAAGGCGGCCGGCGCCGGCGCGGUGUUCGUCAGGGCCACGUGGCUCCCCACCCGCUUCUCCCUCGCCGUCACGGACGGCGCCGGCGCCUGGGUCGCCGACGCCUCCGACGCCGAGGUGCGCCUCCGCGCCGAGCAGUGGGACCAGCCCGUCGCCGAGUACCUCGCGCUCGCCGAGCGAUACCUCGCCUUCCACCAGCCCGACUCCACCUACUCCUUCCACGACGCCGGCAAAGGCAAUCGCAGGCUGUCAUGGACAUUUGAAAGACAAGGUACCAAGUUGGAAUGGCGUUGGAAGCUCCAGCCAUCACCUAACACGCAGCAGACUGUAUAUGAGAUCCUUGAUUUCCUUAUGGAUGCAAAUAUUCGCUUGAGUGAAGAGGUUGUUAGGAAAACACAAUCCUUCGACAAGUUGAAACAAGAAGCUGAGAAGUGCUUGCAACAAAGUGAAAGAUUUAGUACUGAGAAGGCUGAGUUCGAGCAAGCCACCUUUUCAAAGUUUGUUGAUGUCUUGAAUUCGAAGAAGGCCAAGCUCAGACAGCUCCGGGACAAGGUUGCUGAACUCGAAUCAGCUGACAAGCCUCCAAAGGAUGACGAGGAGGAGAACUCGACAGACCGAACAGAGCUAUUCGAGGAAGGAAGUGACAAAGAGGCCAGUGUCAAUGAUGAACCCUCCGACACAGGCAGCGUAGAUCUUCAUAGCUCUCCUGAGAAAUCUGCAGCCACCUCCAGAGGAAGGGGUCGAGGCCGCAAGAGAGCAAAAAAAUAGACUGAGAACAAAGCCAACUGAUUGCUAAAGUGCUAGCCUGACAAUAACAUGACCUACUUGGAAAACGUUGGUCAUUGUGGUGUAAUCUAUUCUCAUUUCCUCGAACAUGUGUCCGUCAUGUACCUUGUGAAGUCCAUCUGGAGGAGCGAAGCUGGCCUUUGGUCUGUCGUGCCAAAGUAGUUGGAAAUGUUCUUCACGUGUUGUCGGCAGAGGAUUAGAGGAAGGUACCGAAAGUGAAGUGUAUGAUGAGCUGAUUAUGGGUGCCUGCUUUUGUUAAUCAGUGGAGAAUAUUUGCAUUCCAUCACAUGUGUUUUGUCCA